GAAGAAGAAGAAGAUGGACUGUCUUUUAUUCUGAAGGCCAGAUGCCUUUCCAGGAAGUAGUGGUUUGGUAUCCGGGUUACUGAAAAGUCUUCAGCGUCGCGUGUUUCUUUUCCUUCGUGGACUCUUGGAUGUGAGUAAAAUGUCCGGGUUUCAGGAUCUUAAAGAUUUAUUCAAACGGAGGCUGCUCGCUGCGGUGACUAGAGACCUAACAGAAAACAGAACAACAUCUGGAUAUGAAGAGGAGCUUCACCGACAGAGGAAACUGCUGGAUGUGAUGUUAACACCGGAGAUAAAGCUGCAGAGAGCAGUGUUUCCUUUAGACGUCCAGCAGCGGUCAUUGAGUAAAGAAGAUUUUCCCCUUGAGCAGCAGGAGAGGAGCUCCAGUCUGGACCAGGAGGUCACUGAGCCCCUUCACAUUAAAGAGGAACAGGAGGACCUGUGGAGCAGUCAGGAGGGAGAGCAGCUUCAAGGACUGGAGGAGGCUGAUACCACCAAGUUCCCCUUCACUCCUGUCUCUGUGAAGAGUGAAGAUGAAGAGAAACCUCUGUCCUCACAGCUUCACGAAUGGCAAACUAAAGAAAUGGGAACAGGGGCUGAUGAAGUGGACUGUGGAGGACCAGAACUAGCCAGGGGCUCAGAUCCAGAGAGACUUUUCCAACCAAAGACUGACAGUGCUUCAGAAGCUGAGACUGAUGACAGUGAUGAUUGGAAAGAGACCAGAGACAAUCAUUCAAAUUUAAAAUCUGUGAAAAAUGUUAACAAGAGACCAAAGACUGAUAACAAAUCACAUAGUCACUCUGAAUGUGGUAAAACAUUCAAAACUAAACAUGAACUGACAACACACACGAGGACUCACACAGGAGAGAAACCCUUCAGCUGCUCUGAGUGCGGUAAAAGAUUCCGCCAUAAAGGGGAUCUAACCAGACACAUGUGGGUUCACACCGGAGAGAAACCCUUCAGCUGUUCUGUUUGCAGUAAAAAAUUCAGCCGUAAAAGGGGUUUAACCAAACACAUGUCAGUUCAUAACCAAGAGAAACCCUUCAGCUGCUCUGAGUGCAGUAAAAUAUUUAGCUUCAAAUGGCAUCUAACCACACACAUGUUGGUUCACAUAGGAGAGAAACCCUUCGGCUGCUCCGUGUGCGAGAAAAGAUUUAGCUUAAAAUGGGAUUUAACCACACACAUGUCGGUUCACAUAGGAGAGAAACCCUUCAGCUGCCCUGUUUGCAGUAAAAUAAGCAACCAGAAAGGGGAUCUAACCAGACACAUGUUGGUUCACACAGGAGAGAAACCCUUCAGCUGCUCUGUUUGCAGUAAAAGAUUCAGUCUAAAAUGGAAUUUAACCAAACACAUGUCAGUUCACACAGGAGAGAAACACUACAGCUGCUCUGUUUGUGGUAAAAGAAUCAGCCAGAAAGGGGAUCUAACCAGACACAUGCUGAUUCACACAGGAGAGAAACCCUUCAGAUGCUCUGUUUGCAGUAAAAGAUUCAGCCUAAAAUGGAAUUUAACCAAACACAUGUGGGUUCACACAGGAGAGAAAUCCUUCAGCUGCUCCGUUUGCAGUAAAAGAUUCACCCAAAAAGGUUGUCUUACCAAACACAUGUUGAGUCACUCCUGAGAGAAACCCUUCAGCUGUUCUCUUUGUGGUUAAAGCUUUGAAAGGGUAAGAAGUUUGUAGAGCCACAUUAUUAGACUUAACUGUUUUCAAUGAGGUGAAAAUGCUCCUGGUGAAAUUUAACACGGGUGGAAUGGUGUAACGUUAGCUGUGGAAAUAUAUUACUAAACGAGGACAGCUGGUGGGUUCUCUGAGGGUGGCUUCUACUGUAAGGUUUUAUUCGUUACUUAUUGAGUCUCUGUGAAGUUAAUGUUGAAGAAGGGGUUAUAGUACACCGUAGCGUAUAGCGCGAGCGAACCUUUAUAUAUUCUUAUAUUUUAUGGCUUUGUGAUUUUUUUGGAUGAAUGUGUGAUAAAAAUAAGGGUAACACUUUACAA